AUGGGUCUAACACCAGUACACUUCUUCUCCCAUGGCUCGACCAUGAUGCUGGGAGAAGAGUCCGAGAGCGCCGAUUACUGGAAGAAGUGCGGUGAUGAAGCCCUCGCCCGAAAGAUCAAGGGUGUCAUCAUUAUGGGAGCGCACUGGGAUUGUCUCGGCGACAGAAUCGAGCUAUCCACGAAUCCCAACCCCGGCAAAAGUCCCGUGGCCUACGUCAAUCCCGAGAAGUACAUCAACUAUGAGCUGAAACCCGACCUCGAAACCACCGAUCGCUGUAUCAAGAUGCUAGCCAAGGAGGGCUUCAAUGUUGGAGGUAACGCCAAGUUCGACUGGAUUCACGAUGUCUACCUCAUUCUCAUCCGCAUGUUCCCCGGAGGCUGCCCGCCCACAACUUUGAUUUCAGCCAACGCCCGUUACGAUCCCCACUUCCAUAUGAAGAUGGGUGCGACUCUGCGUCCUCUCCGUUGGGAGAACUACCUCAUCAUCGGCACGGGUGGUGCCGUACACAAUCUCUACCGCAACCGAUGGGCACCCAUGUUGCGUUUCCGUGACAACUUUGCCAUGGAGACGCCACCAGAGGACUGGGCUAUGGAGUUCCGACAGGCCGUUGAGGAUGUUAUUACCAAGACGUCUGGAGUGCAGCUGCGUCGAGCUAUGACCCGGUUGAUGAAGCAUCCUCGCUUCCGGGAUGCCCAUGCCACUGAUGACCAUUUCAUGGCGGCGUUGUUCGUGGCUGGUGCGGCCGGAGAUGUAGAAGAUGCAAACACCCCGGCUGAGUUGGGUGCCGAGAGCUGGGAGUUGACCAAUAUGUGCAAUUCGCAGUUCACUCUGGGUCAGUGGUCCAGGGAGAUUGCCGUGUAA